AUGAGAAACACCACCAAACUGGUCGUACAUGUCGUUGAUGCUCAAAACCUUUUACCCAGAGAUGGCCAAGGAUCAGCUAGUCCCUUUGUAGAAGUUGAUUUCCUUAACCAGUUGAGCAGAACCAGAACCGUACCCAAAAGCCUUAACCCUGUUUGGAACCAGAAACUCUACUUCGAUUACGACCACAGAGUAAACCAUCACAACCAACACAUUGAAGUCACUGUUUACCACCAAAGAAGACCAGUUCCCGGUAGAAGUUUCCUCGGCAGAGUCAAGAUAUUUUUCUCUAACAUUGUUUACGAAAGAGACCAAGUGUACCAGCGCUUCACGUUGGAGAAGAAAUCGCUUCUCUCUUCUGUUAAAGGUGAGAUUGGCCUCGAAUUCUACAUUUCAUUAUCCGAAAAAGACCAAACCUUUCCUCUUCCUUCUCCUCUUGAACCGUACACCAGCCAAACACAAGCCUCUCUUGUUCCUUUUUCAAGAACUCAAGAAGAUAUUGCUGAUUCGGAAACAGAAGAUUCUCGAGAGAGUUUUGCAUCAGCACAGCAAGAAGAUCUUACUGAUUCCGCCAGCGAGUGUGUGGAAGACAAAAGGAAAGAAGAAGAUACUGAACCAGUUCAAAAACUUCAUAGACAAGAAGUCUUUGCUCGGCCUGCACCAAUGCAUUCCAUUCGCCUGCGGUCUCGUGAAAACCCUCAAGAAGCCAACCAACCGCAGUCUCGUGGAGCCAACCAGCUUCACCCUCAGCAGCCUCGUGGACCUAACCAGCUUCCCCCUCACAACACUAACCACCUGGAAUCAUAUGGUGACACUGACCCAGAGGACUUUAAGGUGGAAGACAUGAACCUCGAGCUUGGAGAAAGAUGGCCAAACACAAACGUUGGAGAGAGAUUCACUGGCACAUACGAUCUUGUGGAGCAGAUGUAUUAUCUCUAUGUUCGAGUUGUUAAAGCUAAAGAUCUUCCACCAGGUUUAAUCACUGGUGGAUGUGAUCCUUACGUGGAGGUCAAGCUAGGGAACUACAAAGGAAGAACGAAACACUUUGAUAGAAAGACAACUCUUCCCGAAUGGAACCAAGUCUUCGCAUUUACCAAAGAAAGGAUCCAAUCAUCUGUUCUUGAAGUCUUUGUGAAGGACAAAGAAACGCUAGGCCGAGAUGAUUUUCUUGGAAAGGUUGUGUUUGAUCUUAACGAGAUCCCAACUAGGGUUCCACCAAACAGUCCUUUAGCUCCUCAGUGGUAUCGAUUAGAGGAUUGGAGAGGAGAAGGCAAAGCAGUACGAGGAGAGAUAAUGCUUGCUGUAUGGAUGGGAACUCAAGCCGAUGAAGCUUUUCCUGAAGCAUGGCAUGCAGACUCUGCUUCUGUUCAUGGAGAAGGAGUGUUCAACAUCAGAUCAAAGGUAUACGUAUCUCCUAAGCUAUGGUACUUAAGAGUCAAUGUUAUAGAAGCUCAAGACAUGAUCCCGAGUGACAGAAACCGGCUUCCUGAUGUUUUCGUCAAAGCCAAUGUGGGAAUGCAGAUCCUCAAGACAAAGAUCUGUCCUGUCAAGACAACAAAUCCGCGUUGGAACGAAGAUCUUGUCUUUGUGGUUGCUGAGCCGUUUGAAGAGCAGCUAGUGAUCUCGGUGGAAGACCGUGUUCACACCUCGAAAGAUGAAGUGAUUGGUAAGAUCAGCUUGCCGAUGAACGUGUUCGAGAAGCGGUUAGACCACCGUCCGGUUCAUUCUCGCUGGUUUAAUCUUGACAAGUACGGUAAUGGAGUUCUUGAAGGAGAUCCAAGGAGGAAAGAACAUAAGUUCUCGAGCAGGAUUCACCUGAGAAUCUGUCUUGAAGGAGGCUACCAUGUGAUGGACGAGUCAACAAUGUACAUCAGUGACACAAGACCAACGGCGAGACAGCUGUGGAAGCAGCCAGUGGGGAUGUUAGAGAUUGGGAUUCUUGGAGCACAAGGUUUAGUGCCGAUGAAGUUGAAAGACGGUAGAGGAAGCACAAACGCGUAUUGUGUGGCUAAGUAUGGACAAAAAUGGGUGAGAACAAGAACCAUUCUUGACUCAUUGAGUCCGAGAUGGAACGAGCAGUACACUUGGGAAGUCUAUGAUCCUUGUACUGUUGUCACUCUCGGAGUUUUCGACAACUGUCACUUAGGCUCCCCACAGUCCGGAAAUGGCGUUUCUAGAGAUGCAAGAAUAGGAAAGGUUAGAAUCAGGUUGUCUACACUAGAGGCUCACAAGAUCUACACACAUUCGUUUCCUCUUCUUGUUCUUCAACCUCAUGGCCUCAAGAAAACAGGAGACCUCCAGAUAUCAGUCCGUUUCACAACUCUCUCUUUGGCUAACAUCAUCUACAAUUAUGGCCACCCUCUUCUCCCCAAAAUGCACUAUAUUUUCCCAUUCACUGUUAAUCAAGUAGAUGGGUUAAGGUACCAAGCCAUGAACAUUGUUGCAACCCGCCUCGGCCGAGCAGAGCCGCCACUUAGGAAAGAGGUUGUCGAGUAUAUGCUGGAUGUAGACUCUCACAUGUGGAGUAUGAGAAGAAGCAAAGCCAACUUCUUUCGCAUAAUGUCGCUCCUCUCUGGUUAUUUCCUAGUUGGGAAAUGGCUUGAAGAUGUCUGCAACUGGAGAUACCCGGUUACAUCGGUUCUGGUUCACGUCUUGUUCUUAAUCUUGGUCAUGUACCCUGAGCUCAUUUUUCCCACAAUGUUUCUCUACAUGUUCUUCAUCGGAUUGUGGAACUUUAAGUCUAGGCCGAGACAUCCUCCCCACAUGGAUAUGAAGCUCUCGUUGGCCGAGGCUGUUGGUCCUGAUGAGCUUGAUGAAGAGUUUGAUACGUUCCCAACUUCCCGGUCACAAGACUUGGUGCGUCUGAGGUAUGACCGGCUCAGAAGCGUGGCGGGUAGGAUCCAGACUGUGGUUGGAGACAUUGCAGCUCAGGGAGAGAGAGUUCAGUCACUUUUGAGCUGGAGAGACCCGAGGGCUACAAGCCUCUUCAUCUUGUUCUGCUUGGCUGCAUCGGUGGUCCUUUACGCAAUGCCGUUCAAAGCAAUAACAUUGGCUGGUGGGCUAUACUAUCUAAGGCACCCAAAGUUUAGAAGCAAGCUACCUUCUUUGCCAAGUAACUUCUUUAAGAGAUUGCCGUCUCGUAUAGACAGUCUUCUUUGA